AUGUUGCAAGGGCAAGAGAUGUUGUCUCCAACAGGAGAAGAGGCGUUCAACGACAAUGGUCUAGUUAUUUACACUGAUGUCAAUUUUGACGAGUACUCUUCCAGUGGCCAUGGUGGGAUCAUAAGAGAAGAUGGUGUGAUAUUGAACGAUGAAACAAUUCACCAACUGCGCAAACAAGCAGUUUCUCAGGCUCGAACUGGAGCAGAUGUUGUUUGA